CUUGUGCAGCCUUGUCGAGCGCAAGCUCUUGGAACGCAAGCGAGUGGCAGCAUCUAGGACCAAGUUCCCAAUGGCCCAGCAAAGCGUUGCUCAACGACGGUCGACGGCCCCACUUUCCAUGAACGAUGUCGACGACGAGGACGAUGAGCUGCCAGAGACGUUGGAGAAGCCUACAGCAUCGCCCCGUACAAUGCUGUCUUCGUUCACAGCGAAGAAGCCGGACGAUAUUGCAGCGUGCGAUGACGAAGACGACGAUGACCUCCCCGAAAUGGUCGAUCGCGCAACGAGCCCUGGCGAGAUGGCGACACCUCCACCCCCGCGAGCCUCCCGCACGCCAUCUCAGCAAGCAGCAAUCGACCAGCGCGUUCUCAGCUACCGUCGACGCAUCCUUGCAAUUGGACUCCGAGCGUGGCGGGAUGCCCUCCGUCGGCGUAAGCGGAAGCAGGAAGCGGCAAAGCGCCAGGACGCUGUCAAGCAGCUGCAAGGCUGCUUUCGACGCUACCGCUGUCGCCGCCUACUCGCAAACGCCAUCGAAGAGCGCCGACGCCAGCGGCUCUGGAAAUUGUCCAUCUUUCGCCUCGCGUCGCUGUGGCGCAAGCCGCGACUACGAGCUGCGUUGCAUGCGUGGCUGCUAUUGCAAGUGUCGGCGCAAAUGGAAAAGAAGCUCCUCGAUGAGCAGGCACGGGUCAAAUCACUCGCGCAUGCCAUCUCGGUGCAGACACAGGCCGAGGCCACGUGCGUGCGCUGCUGA